AUGGCUGACGAGCAGAAAUGCUCGGCAGAUUUUGAUCAAGAGAACAACUUCCAAACGCCAAAUGACGAUAUGUCAGAACCUGUCGAUGAUCGCACAAAACGCAUGGUGGCUGAGCUUCAGAAGCACUGGAUUACCGAAUAUCACAAUUCUCGUGAAAGAGCGCUUGUCGAGUUGACAGAAAAGCUCCACCAAGAAUUCCUGUCGGAUCAGCAAAAUAUUCGUUCUGAACUGCUUCAACAGUUCAAGGAUGAACUCGAACACACGAGAACUGAUUUGGAGUCGAAAUAUCGAGACCAAUUGAAGAGCGAGAACGCGAAAUUGACAGAGAAGCACCGUCGAGAGAUGAGCGAAGCAAAGAAGAAACAGUGGUGUUGUCAGUGUGAGAAUGAGGCAAUCUACCAUUGCUGCUGGAACACCGCCUACUGCAGUGUUGAAUGUCAACAGACUCACUGGCAAUCCCAUCGUAAAUUGUGCCGUCGCAAGAAGACCACCGCUGCAACCAACGCCCAAACUUCCACAACCACCGCUACCUAA